UUGGCGACUGGUUAUUAGCCAGUCCGGGUUUUCAAUUAUUAUUUUGGACACCCGCUUUUUGGUUCCGGUUCGGUUAAUUGGCUGCCAACAACCCUAAUAUUUGUACUUUAUUUUAAUUUAAUUGCCCAAAGAGUGGAGGGAGAUUUGACUAAAAUUAUGCCGAGGGGAUAUUUAAGAAUGAAUUUAGACUGUAUUUUAAACUUCUCCUUUUACACUACUCCGAUGUCCAAGAAUUUUAAAUGUUCUGUUUCUGCAUCACAAACAAUUUUAUUUUUUAUUCAUUUUUCACAAUUUUCCAUCAUUAAUUUUUACCUCAUUUUCGUUUAA